UACAGGGCUCCGUCAUGACGUCAUGACGUCCGGCGUGCGGACGUGAUUAGAGUCUCGUGCCGAGUGCCGACAAACAGGGUUACAGUGAAGUGGAGCUUUGCACACAUUAUGGCGAGUGUGCUGUGCAGGAGGGUCCGACAGGUGAGUCAGUCGUCUGUGGUUCACACACUGGCUCAGAGGAUCGUGGCUGUCAGAGGUUUUUCAGCCGCAGGCUCGUCUGGAUCAGAUGAGCCGUAUAUAGCUGUACCAUCUCAAUAUUCAGGUCCUAGAACAGUGUGGCCAGAUGAAACCAUGGGUCCGUUUGGGCCUCAAGAUCAGCGGUUCCAGCUGCCAGGCAAUGUUGGUUUCGACUGUCACCUGAAAGGUACCGUAUUACAGAUGAAAGGGCCAGUCCACAGGACAGUCCCGGACGUUUUAACCUCCCCAUCCGGCACAGAGAGACACGAGUUCAUCCUCGCUCAGUUUGUUAAUGAGUAUCAGGGUAAAGAAGCGUCUCUGACGGCGCAGAGAGUCAGUAAAGCUGAACACUAUUUCAGUCAGUCAGAUGUGGAGUGUACAAUGCAUUCCUGCCCAGAGCUGCUGAAGAAAGAGCUAGAGCUGUUUUUCCCAGUGCUCCCUGCGAGUCCCAUCACUGUCGUCAACGUAACACAGAAGCAGCGAAAGAUGGACACAGAGGAUCAGAACAAAGAUCAGCAGGAGCUACUAGAUAAUUUUGUCAGUGGUGCUAAAGAAAUCUGCUUCAUGUUGUGGAGAGGAGGAUACUGGGCCGAUUUCAUCAGUCCACUGUCAGGAAAAGCUUUUUUUGGUGAUCAGGCACCGGACUCUAUUCUACAGCAAGACGUUGAGCGUCACGCUGGCUUUCACAUCGAGGACCGGGCGUCAUGUACGAUCAUACGGCACGUCUUAACAGGGACGUCCACGUGUGUCCUAACGCUGAUCACUAACGCACCUUCCAACAGUCUGAUCAUGGAGAAACUUCAGGGACACGCCAGCACUUCAGAGGACAAAGACUGACGGACGUUAUCUGCCAACAAACUGUCUCUUAUAUAACAGAGCUUUGAAUACAAAACUGUUGGUUGGAGUUUUGGAGAAAACACAGUAGAAAUGCACAUUUAUUUAUCAAAUAUGAACACUUAGAAUAAAGUAAACUCAGUAAAACAUUUAAAUUCAGGUGUGAAACCACAUGGUGCUUUACAAAACAUCAGCCUUUGAGAGAACGUAUUGCUGGUAGAACGUCAUCUAGAGUCGGGACGUCUGAAAGAGAGGAAACAACUCAACUAGUGCCACAAUACAACAGUACUGUUUUAGGACAUUAAGUCAUCUGUGCUUCAUGAUUUUAGUGCGCUAGAAUACUAAUGCAUGAACUUUUCAGUUCAGUUUGGCUGACUCUUGUCUUGUUGAAUGUGAAUAAAGUUUGUUCUCACCCAGAGUUCGCAGGAGUUCCAGGAUGAACGAGUGGAAAACUGGAAAGAAUUCCUCAUGUUCCUUCAGCUUUACAAUGAUACUGUGAAAUACAAACAGCACUAGUCUGUUCACUUACAUUAAAUCAGCAUCAGUCU